AUGCUGAGAAAUCCAUCUCAAACACCCCCGUUUAAUGGUUACAUGCCGAUGGUUAAUGAAAUUUUUUCGAGUGGUGGUACAACUAACUUUCCCGAAUUUUCAACACAAAUAACUAUUGCUAAUGAAGAUUCAACUCCUAUGAGCAAGAAAAACCAUCAACCAUCAUGGAACACUGAACAAAAUUUGGUGCUAAUUAGUGGGUGGAUCAAAUUUGGAACAAGCAGUGUUGUCGGGAAAAACCAGAAAGGUGAAACAUAUUGGGGUCAAAUUGCUGACUAUUGUAAUGAGCAUUGCUCAUUCGAUCCUCCGCGUGAUGGAGUUGCAUGCCGAAACCGUUUUAAUUAUAUGAACAAAAUACUGGGUAAAUGGAUUGGCGCUUAUGAUGGCGCUAAGCGUCUCCAAGGAAGUGGUUGGUCCGAGAAUGAUGUUUUGACAAUGUUUCAGGAUUAA